GGCUCUCCCCUCAUGGAAGAGGACAUGUACUUGGACAUCUUCCUGGACCCUUAUACCUUCCAGGAUGACUUUCCUCCAGCUACGUCUCAACUAUUCAGCCCAGGAGCGUCUUUAGAUGUGCACCCACUUAAUCCAUCCAAUCCAGAGACUGUGUUUCAUUCACAUCUUGGUGCAGUCAAAAAGGCACCCAGUGACUUUUCAUCUGUGGAUCUAAGCUUCUUACCAGAUGAACUUACCCAAGAAAAUAAAGACCGAACUGUCACUGGAAACAAAGUCACAAAUGAGGAAAGCUUUAGGACUCAAGAUUGGCAAAGUCAGUUGCAGUUGCCUGAUGAACAAGGCAGUGGGCUGAACUUGAAUAGCAACAGUUCACCAGAUACCCAGUCAUGUCUGUGCUCUCAUGAUGCUGACUCCAACCAGCUCUCUUCAGAAACACCAAAUUCCAAUGCCUUACCUGUGGCAUUGAUAUCAUCCAUGACACCAAUGAACCCUGUUACAGAAUGUUCUGGAAUUGUGCCUCAAUUACAGAAUGUAGUUUCCACUGCAAAUCUGGCCUGUAAAUUGGAUCUGAGAAAAAUAGCUUUGAAUGCCAAAAACACAGAAUAUAAUCCAAAGAGGUUUGCUGCAGUCAUAAUGAGGAUCCGAGAGCCAAGGACCACAGCUCUUAUAUUUAGCUCUGGGAAAGUGGUCUGUACAGGAGCCAAAAGUGAAGACGAGUCUCGGCUGGCAGCAAGAAAGUAUGCUCGCGUGGUGCAGAAGCUGGGGUUCCCCGUCAGAUUCUUCAAUUUUAAAAUUCAGAACAUGGUUGCAAGCUGUGAUGUGAAAUUUCCCAUCAGGCUGGAGAUUUUGGCACUAACCCAUCGGCAGUUCAGUAGUUAUGAGCCUGAACUGUUCCCUGGCCUUAUUUAUAAGAUGGUGAAACCGCAGGUUGUGCUGCUCAUCUUUGCAUCUGGAAAGGUUGUACUGACAGGUGCCAAAGAGCGUUCUGAGAUCUACGAAGCAUUUGAAAACAUGUAUCCUAUUCUAGAAAGUUUUAAGAAAGUCUGA